AUGGCCAUGGCCGCGCGGCCGCAGACGCCCGUGCAGGAUGCAUCUUACAUGGGCUCGGACUCCAAUGACCCCAGCAUGCUGAGUCGCCCAUAUGGCUCCCUUCGUGCGUCCUCCCGGCCCAGCUCCUAUGCUGGCAACAGCUCCGCCUUUCACUACAGUCACGGCGCUCGCGAUCAAUCCCCGGCACCUCACAACACCCGUUUCAAGGAGGACUUCGAGACCGCUAGUCACCGAAGCUCCAUCGAUGUCCCCAGCAUCCAGCGAUCCGCCUCGCAGAUGUCUGGAGUCCCCUCCCGGUCGAGUACCCUGCGAAAGAAGGCAUCUCUAAGCAAGAAGGGCAGUUUGCGACGCAAUGGGAGUCGCCGUUCCAUGCGCGCCGGCAGUGUGAAGAGUCUAAGCUUGGGCGACCGUGAAAAAUACAAUACCGACGGCACCGAAGAUAUGAAUAGUGUCUUUACCGUCCCCGUCCCGACAACCGGCAACCCGACCGAGGUCCUCGCAAAUCGGUUCUCAGCUUGGCGCAAAAUCCUCAAGGACCUAAUCCUUUUCUUCAAGGAGGUCCAGAAAUCCUACGAGACCCGAUCGAAGCUUUUCUUAUCCGCCUCCAAUGUCAUGAACAGUCAGUCUAUCCCGGCGGGCUUCCUACAGUCCGGUGGCCUCGCCGAUGCGACUGAAGUUCUUCAAGGCUUCCACCGCCAGGGAUAUCACGAGGCUAACAAGGCUGUCGAGGUGGAGAUUGAGGUCAUCAGUCAAUUGACCGGUCUACGAAACGACCUGCAGAAGAAGACCAAGGAGAUCAAGGGUCUUGCUGGAGAUUUUAAGAACACGGUUGAGAAGGAGAUCGACGGCACGCGCAAGGCCGUGCGCAACCUGCACGAGUCCUUGGGCCUCGUUGAUACUGAUCCCUCUGCAACAUCGGGCAAAGGCGACCCAUACUUGAUGCGCCUCAAUGUCGAGAAGCAAGUUGAGAAGCAGAUCGAAGAGGAGAAUUAUCUGCACCGGGCAUUCUUGAACUUGGAAAACUCCGGUCGCGAGCUUGAAUCGAUUGUCGUGAGCGAGAUUCAGAAGGCUUACAAUGCUUACGCCAGCAUUCUCAAGCGCGAAGCCGACGAGGCCUACGAUACGGUGGAGAAGCUGCGGGCCGGACCGAUUUCAAUGCCACAGGACCAUGAGUGGAACACAUUCGUCGCCAACUCUGAGGAGCUGGUUGACCCCCGCGUACCAUUGCGCAACCUCGAGAGUAUCACUUACGCUGGUAAGGAUCACCCAGCUGCGGUCGAGGUUCGCGCCGGUAUGCUGGAGCGUAAGAGCAAAUAUCUGAAGAGUUACACUCCCGGCUGGUAUGUCUUGUCGCCGACUCACCUGCAUGAGUACAAGUCGGCCGAUCGCGUGGCAUGGCAGACUCCUGUGAUGUCAUUGUACCUGCCAGAGCAGAAGCUCGGAUCCCACUCGCAGGAGGAUUCUAGCUCUCACAAGUUUAUGCUCAAGGGCCGUCAAACCGGUGCGAUGCAUCGAGGUCACUCGUGGGUCUUCCGCGCCGAAUCCCACGAGACCAUGAUGUCUUGGUACGAAGAUAUCGAGAGUCUGAGCAACAAAACGGGGGAGGCGCGGAAUGCUUUUGUGCGACGACACGUGCGUAGCAUUAGCGGCAGAUCCAUGAGCAGCGAAGUCUUGGAGGACGACGAAGCCGACCGGACCCCGUACUCAGCCGAGUCCAUGGUUCUCGGCCAAGAUCGGCCCACCUCUGCCUCCCGGCAGCCCGGCGGGGCUUUCCCAAGCGAUGUGCAAAUCGACCGCCAUCUCCAGGCGCCUCUGUCUCCAUCCAGUGGAGACAGCUCCGUCGGGCGAGACGUGAUCGCAGCUGCGGGGUCCUAUCCUGGGGACAGUACUCUUCAGGAUAACCCGCGCUUCUACGCCAACGAUGUUGACGGUGCCUCCUCGCAAGUCAACACAGGCAGUCCUGCCAAUCGGCCCAAAUUCUCACAACAUGACAGUUACUACGGUGAUUGGAUCGGCCCGGGUGUCAUUGUUGCCAAGCAAAGACAGAACCAGCAGAGCGACGGUUUGAAAGCCGAUGACCGCGAGAUUCGCUCUGAUGGAGACCACAACUCGGUAGCUGCCAUGUCCGGUGUCGCUAUGGCGGAACGUCGCGACCAAUCUGCGCCUCCUAACGUGGCCCGUCGCGAAAGUACCUCCACGGCACCGACCAACACCAACAUCACGGAUUACACCAACCACACUAACCAAACCUUGGCGACAUCCGUUGAUGACAGCAAAGAUUCGGGGGUGGCCGGAUUUGUGGGAGGAGGAACUUCCACCGGACUCGAGAAAGACACUGAAAGCCCUGGAGCCAGUACUCAGCCUACGUGGGACAUCCGGCCCAAGCAAGACAGCGUCGUGGCGCUCGACCUGAAGAUUCCCGGCCGGUACCCACCGACGAACGUGGCAGCGUGA